AAUUGACCGGCCCAGGACGAAUUUGUGCCCCCCCAGGCCCUCCUAGUCCUGAAAGCUGCGUGGAUUUACUCAAAGUACUUCUGACGUCUCCGCGCCCGGUGCUGCACGCUUCGGCCUUUCGAAGGAGCCGCGGGAAGGCCCCAUACAAAUUAUCUUCUUGCUUUGCUUAGAGCUAGGCCGCCUAGCCACGGGCCCCCGCGGGGCUUCUUAAACCCACGCCAUCGUCCCGACGACAGUAUGGCCCGCCUCCUCGCCAAGGCGAAAGAAGUGCGCGAAGCGCUCUACCCCGUCCUCCAGCAGAGCGCCUUCGCGGAACGCGGCGUCCUGACGCCGGACGAGUUCGUCAAAGCAGGGGACGAGCUCGUCGGCAAGUGUCCAACCUGGGCCUGGGAGAGCGGCGACGCGUCGCGACGCAAGAACUACCUGCCGGCUGAUAAACAAUACCUGGUCACUCGCGAUGUUCCUUGUGCCCAAAGGGCCAAAGCAGUAGAAGGCUGCGGUGAGGAUGUGGACACUGAAGGCGACUUCGUCGUGCCCAAGGUCACUACUCCGUCAUCAACAGAAGCGGAAGUGGAUGACGUCUGUGCGUCGUUAGAAGAGGCUUCUCUGCAGGUAAAUGACGACGCGGCCGCCCCAGCUACCUUGCAAACGAGGCGAUAUGACCUCUCCAUAACCUACGACAAGUACUGGCAGUCGCCGCGCAUGUGGCUCUUCGGCUACAACGAGCAGCACGCUCCGCUCACCCAAAAACAAACUUUGGAAGAUAUAGUAUCCGCCUAUGCACUUAGAACGGUGACCUUCGAGCGCCACCCCCACUUGGCCGACCUGCCGCACGCGUCGAUCCACCCCUGCAAGCACCCCCAGGCCAUGAAGCGCAUUCUCGACCAGGCGGCCCGGAACGGGAAGGGCGUGGAUCCGGCACAAGCACUCUUCUUCUUUCUGAAGUUUAUUGCGAACAUGAUCCCUACGAUCGACUACGACUUCACGCACGACGUCGUGGCGGGCUAGCUUAUUCCUUCCUUCCUCGUGUAAAGACCCCUG